AUGGAGCCCAUCUCCAUCUCGGUCGCCCUCAUCUCCGCCAUCCAGGUCGCCAGCGCCGCCGUACGCCUGCUCAGCGCGCUCCGCAACGUCAAGGACAGCAGAUAUGAGGAGAUAUACUGGACCGCGGUGGCCCAGCGGGAGAUCACCUUCAACUGGGCCAAGCGCAUGGAGCUGGGCGGCGGAUCGGUGUUGGUCGAGCAGCAGCCCCGGGUAGCCGAGCUGGUCAGCCGGCUCAUGGAAUCCUACGACCAGGUCGGCGCUUCCGUCAAGAAGCUCUACCGCCCCGAGGACGGAAGAGUCACCCCCAGGCUGCUCGCCUACCGCUUGAAGUUCGAGACGGGCGGCUUUGACUCGUUGCGGCACCGGCUCAACGCCGUCGCCGCCAUGAACGAGGCCCUGAACCAGAUCGCCCCGCCUCCGCCCCUGGGCUCGUCAGCCACGCCAACCAAAGUCUCCACCGGCCGGAGUCAAGUAGCUGUGCACACUGCAGACAAUGGACGGUCUAUCUGGGCGACACUGCAGCGAGACCUCUCGGACGCCCUGACCCUCGAGUCGGCCGCCGAGGAACUGGCAAAACCGCCAGCACUCAAGCGCCAAAGUACCGACGACUCGAUACCCGACGAACUCAAAGAAAAGCUACGCCAGAAUCUCAAGCCCGUGCCAAUCUCGUCACUCUGCGGCAUAUGUCGCGAGGCCUUGAGCCACUUGAGUCUCGUGGUGGACCUCUCCAAAGCAGUCAAGCCCCUGUAUGCCAACUUCCAGCGGCUGACGAUCGGCUUGUUUGACGACGUUACGGGGCUGGAUAUAGUUCUGCAGCAGGAUUUCGAGCGGAAUUCUGGGCUUCGCGAGUUCGUCCUGCAAGUUCUGGUCAACAUGGCCAUCGCAGAAGGCAAGUACCCCCUGGCACCGCCCCAACUAUCACGAGGAUUUCUCCUCCGCGAGUACCAAAGGGCACAGAAGCCAGACCUAACCAACUCAUUCGAGCAGGACCGGCGACGGAUUCUGAGCACGCUGGGGAAGGGCCAGCUGAUUGACUUGGCCGCGCAGCGGUGGGAAGAAGUGCACGAAAUAGACAUGGAGAUUGAAGAGGACGAGUCUGACUCCGAUGACGGCGGAGAGCUCUUCUCGGAUCCUGACGAAGACGCGCUGUUCGACACGACGUACUCUUGGUCUGGCACGGCGUUCGACCUCAAGACGCGGAGGCGGCUGCAGGAUCUGGGCAUGAUGGUGGAGAGCAUGGAGGGGAUCCUGCCGGCGAUCCGCUCGGCAAGGCAGGCGCGGCGCCUGCAGCUCGAGGCCGCCUGGACCGCUAACACGCUACCGGCGGACAUCAUCGUCGGCCCGCUGUCGGCCAGCCCGACCGAGAUCCACGACUUUGCCCAGAUGAGCAUCAGCAACAGCACCGAGACGGCGCCGUCGCAGGGCCUAGGCAUGGCAGUCGACAACAUCAAGGCAGGCCACGAGACGCCGCCGCCCCUAGGCACACCGCCUCUCGGCCGCUCGCAGCAUGCGUCGAGCUUCCCGCUCUCCCGCCAGUCGACCGACAGCUGGGACUCGCAGCUCGAUAUCGGCAACCCCAAACCGCUCCCCGCGACGGCGAUGAUGGACAUUGAGCGGUACGAGGCGCUGGUGGAGCGCGUGGUGCGGCUGGCCAAAGACCUCGAGGACGCGCUGCGCAAGGACGAGGAUUUCGCGCGCGUCAAGGGGAUCCCCAACGCGCUGGUCUUCUCGGACCAGGUGCGCGUGCAGCGGCUCAAGAUGCAGAAGCACCGAGACUACAUCCAGCGCAUGGGCCCGCGCGCCGUCGUCACCACCCAGCAGGCCGUCGCCGUCACCGACCUCAACAACGACCUCAAGUCGGCCUGCCACAAGCUCGUCGGCUCGCUCAAGAACUUCAGCGACAACACCCGCCCCGAGGACCUGCUGCCCGUCGACAUGGACCAGACCAUCCAGGACCUUCUAGGGACCUUCAGCAAGACUACAUCGGUGCUCACGCCCAAGAGCAUCGCUGUGGCUGCGUGA